AUGAGAGCUCCCUCUGGUGGAGCAGGUAGGAACUACACUGUGACCCUGUGUGCAGGAGUGCCUCUGUCCACGCAGUGGGGCCCUCAGGGAUACUUCUACGCCAUCCAGAUCGCUCAGUACGCUCUGAGUCACUACAGCAAGAACCUGACGGAGAGAGCGCCCCGUGUGGAGGUCUACGAUACUGCAGAGGAGCCCAGCAGGGACAGCAGCACCUGGAGCGUACCGUCCGGAUGCUCUCUGAGCCGAGGCUACGAGCAGAGCCGCCACUCCAGCGUCCGCCACUUCAACUCCCCAGGGUCCUCUGAAGGUGUGUCUCUGCCGUUGGGGAACUCUAAAGACUUCAUCCUGAGUCUGGACGUGAAGUUUGUGUCUAACGGCAGCGUGUCCGUCGUCAUGGAGACCACAGAGAAGGGUCCGCCCUUCGUCCUUCACUACGUCACCUCCAGCCUCCUCAUCAGCCUCCGGGACCGCGACAUCACCUACGGCAUCGGCCCCCGCUCCUCCUGGUCCCGCCUCACCAGGGACCUGCUCACGGAUCUGAGGAAGGGGGUGGGGUUGUCCAGCACCAAGGCUGUCAGGCCCACCAAGAUCCUGCCGAAGCGUGUGCUGCGCCUCGUCCUUCGUGGUCGUGGUUCUGUGGACAACGUGACCGUCUCGACCACAGCGCACAUGGCUGCGUUCUUCGCGGCCAGUGAUUGGCUGGUGAGGAACCAGGACGAUCGUGGCGGCUGGCCCAUCAUGGUGACCCGGAAGCUGGGCGAGGGGUUCCGAGCGCUGGAGCCGGGAUGGUACUCAGCCAUGGCCCAGGGCCAGGCCAUGUCCACUCUGGUCAGGGCCUUCCUGCUGACCCGGGAGCACCGGUACCUGAGUUCGGCCCUCAGGGCCCUGGGCCCCUUCAGGAUUCCCUCCGCUCAACACGGGGUCAAGGCCGUGUUCAUGAACAAGUACGACUGGUACGAGGAGUACCCCACCUCCCCCAGCUCCUUCGUGCUCAACGGCUUCAUCUACUCCCUGCUGGGGCUGUACGACCUGUCGGAGACCGCGGGGGAGCGAGGUGGAGGAGGAGGAGGAGGAGCAGGAGGUGGUGGUGGAGGAGAAGCAGGAGGAGCCUCUGAAGCCGCAGAGCUGUUCAGACGUGGCAUGGCGUCUCUGAAGGCCAUGCUGCCGCUGUUUGACACGGGUUCUGGAAGCAUCUAUGACCUUCGACACCUGGUGUUAGGCUCCGCCCCCAACCUGGCGCGCUGGGACUAUCACACCACACACAUCAACCAGCUGCAGCUGCUCGCCUCCAUCGACGACGCCGCCAUCUUUAAAGACGUGCUGCGGCGAUGGAAAGGAUACUUAAAGGGGGUCCGGGCCAAGCACAACUAA